CUGGCAACCGUCGUGCGGCGUCUUCCUGAGGGAGCUCCUGUCAGCCCGAGGAUCCCAUCGCCAGCUCCCCGCUGCCCCGCGGAUUUCGCGUGGGCUCGGAGUCUGAGGGACAACAAAAAUGGCGGAGCGGAGCCAGACGGCGCCUGAGGCAGGCAAUGAUAUGGGAAAUGAUGAUGCCAUCGGAGGAAAUGUGAGCAAAUAUGUAGUGCUUCCAACUGGAUACUGUGGACAGCCCAAGAAAGGACAUCUUAUUUUUGAUGCUUGCUUUGAAAGUGGUAACCUUGGCCGGGUGGAGCAGGUCUCCGAGUUCGAGUAUGAUCUGUUCAUUAGGCCAGAUACCUGUAAUCCACGCUUCCGAGUAUGGUUCAACUUUACUGUUGAAAAUGUGAAAGAAUCACAGAGAGUCAUUUUCAACAUUGUUAACUUCAGUAAAACCAAGAGUCUUUAUAGAGAUGGAAUGGCCCCUAUGGUGAAAUCUACCAGCAGACCAAAAUGGCAAAGGCUGCCACCCAAAAAUGUUUAUUACUAUCGCUGCCCAGAUCAUAGAAAGAAUUAUGUGAUGUCCUUCGCAUUCUGUUUUGACCGAGAAGAAGAUAUUUAUCAGUUUGCUUACUGCUACCCAUAUACAUACACUCGCUUCCAGCAUUACCUUGAUAGCCUGCAAAAGAGAAACAUGGAUUACUUCUUUCGGGAGCAGCUGGGCCAGAGCGUGCAACAGCGGCAGCUUGACCUCUUGACAAUUACCAGCCCCGACAAUCUCCGGGAAGGGGCAGAGAAGAAGGUGGUUUUCAUCACAGGACGAGUCCACCCGGGGGAAACACCCUCUUCAUUUGUGUGCCAAGGGAUCAUCGACUUCCUUGUAAGCCAGCACCCUAUUGCCCGUGUCCUACGAGAACACCUGGUCUUCAAGAUUGCACCAAUGCUCAACCCUGACGGGGUCUACCUGGGCAAUUACAGGUGCUCUCUGAUGGGGUUUGACCUGAAUCGUCACUGGCUAGAUCCUUCUCCAUGGGCCCACCCGACCCUACAUGGAGUAAAGCAGCUCAUCAUCCAGAUGUACAACGACCCUAAAACAAGCCUGGAGUUCUACAUUGACAUCCACGCCCACUCCACCAUGAUGAAUGGCUUCAUGUAUGGCAAUAUCUUUGAGGAUGAAGAGCGGUUCCAGAGGCAGGCCAUCUUCCCCAAGCUCCUCUGCCAGAAUGCCGAGGACUUCUCCUACUCCAGCACAUCCUUCAACCGGGAUGCUGUGAAGGCGGGAACUGGCCGGCGCUUCCUGGGAGGUCUCCUGGACCACACUUCCUACUGCUACACCCUGGAGGUGUCCUUCUACAGCUACAUCGUUGGGGGCACCACGGCUGCUGUGCCCUACACUGAAGAAGCCUAUAUGAAGCUGGGGCGGAACGUGGCAAGAACGUUUCUGGAUUAUUACCGGCUGAACCCCCUGGUGGAGAAGGUGGCAGUUCCCAUGCCCAGGCUGCGGAAAGAAAAGUCCCUUCCCUACAAGCACCCAUUCCUGCGGGGCUCAGCCAGCAACUAUCCCAGCGGCAAAGGGGACAAGAAGAGCCCAGUGAACCACAAAGACACUUCAAACCCUUUUUAAAGACUGGAGGCCCCAGAGGUUUUGUGGGGGCAGGAGCAUGCAUUUCCUGCUGGGGCCCUCUUCUCUGGUUUUCAAGACAAGGAUUUAUGGGAUAAUGCAUAGGCUAGAGAAAGAGAAGGGAAAAAAGAGAGAAAUUUCAUCAUUGAUUUUCCCUUCUGCCAGUGGGAAAUCGUUUGUGAGCCUUUAGCUCAAGGGUGAACAAAAUAGGAGACUGGGACCAGACAAACACAGAUGCUAUUUCCCACAACACAGAGAUCCUCACAGGAUGAGGGAAAACCUAUACAUCCCUCUUAAGAGGUUUGACACAUCUCAGGUCAGUUCUUUGGAAGCCCCUUUACCUUUUAAAGUCAUGCAGUUACUAUAGAUGGCUCCCUUUUAAAAUAGGUCACAGGAGUUUACAGCUUUAGAAAUGUAGUGUCUGUAUUUUCUGAUCCAAAACAAUAGCAACAACACAGGCAAUCCAAAGGCAGAUGUACUGUUGGGAACAAUGGGACAGAAUUUUCGAAAUCAUGGUGAUCUUAGAUAUAUGGUCACUGUCUCUCCAAGCUGCAUGCUUUCUGAUUCCCCUGAACCCCAGCAUGCAACUUCACAAAACUGUUCUGUGAGCUCUUUCUCAUCUCCUGUGUAGUUUAAUUGAAACUUAAGCUCUGAAGACAAAAAAUAUUGGUCGUUCAUUCCAAAAGACCGAUCAUGGUUAAGGUCUCCAAGUCCUAGAGACAGGGAUCAAGCCCGACCCCUGGAGAGGUGGGCGCUGAUAAUCUGCACAAGGAAAGGGUAAUUGCCUGAUAAGGGAGAUGCUGAAAACAAAAGCAAUGCACCCCCAGGCAGGUAAGAAUGAUAAAAUCAAACGACAGCAGCAGCAAUUCCCAAGGUGGGACAAGCUAAAUAUUGUUCAUUUUUCUAAAGAGUAAAGUGCCUUUGUAUGAUGAAUGGGUCCAGGGGAGUCUGCUCCCUUCCUGGCUGUGGAAGCAGCAGGCUGAGUCACCAUGACAGUCUGCUAAUUAAAAUGACCUCCCGGAAAUGAGGAUUAGGAGAUAGGGAGAGGAAGGGAGGCUCCAGGGAGGUAGGGCCUUUAGCUCAAAGCAUUCUUUCCAUUUGUGUCAGAGAUUUUUGGAGUUUGUUACAAAAAUGGAGAGCAAAUCUUGUUCUUCUUUCGCAUGUUGGUUUUCAGAAAUGAUAGCAAAGAACCAUAUGUUCGUUGGCUAUAAAUGUUGUGUUGUAUAUACAACUUCUCC